UCUCAUAUUGAGUUAUUGUAAUAUUGAGGAUGAGUCGAUAAGCAAUAUGGCGAAGGGCAUGAAGGCUAAAUUUGAUAAGUAUUGGGAAAACUAUAGCAUGAUUCUUUCCAUGGCUGCCAUUUUAGAUCCUCGCUUAAAACUUCAAUAUGUGAAGUUUUGUUUUGUGCAAUUAGAUGGUAGAAGUGCUGAAUAUAAGACUGAGAAAGUGAAAGAAAGUCUCUUCAAGCUAUUUGAAGAGUAUUCACAAGUUGAUAUUUCUCCCCUUGAUUGUACUAGAGUUGGAAGCGGGAAUGCAAGUCUUACUGCGUUUUCAUCUUAUGAGAAUUCUUCUUCUCAAGGUAGAACACAACUAGAUGACUACUUAGGUGAGCAUAAAUUGGAUCCUUUGUCGGAUUUGGAUGUUCUUGGUUGGUGGAAGGAUAAUGCUAAAAGGUUUCCACAAGUUGCAAGUAUGGCAAGAGAUUUGUUAAGUAUUCCAAUUACUACUGUUGCUUCCGAGUCGAGUUUUAGCUUGGGAAGUAGGAUACUAACAAAAUGGAGAGCUUCCUUACUACCGGAGAGUGCCGAGACUUUGGUCACAACCCGAAGUUGGCUAUAUGGAUAUGAUGUUGAAAAUGAUAACAAUUCUCUUGAAGACGGUGUUGAAAUUCCGAUUUUGCGGGAUCCAAACAAAGAACCUCAAGUUAUCGGCGUAGAAGAGAGCGGAAUUGAAAUUCUUGAAGAUGAUGAUUUUUAGUAAAUGUUGUCUUAGAUUAUCAAAUAGUAGACUAUGACCAAGUUUAUUAAAUUGUAAUUGUCAUACUUUGUUGAACUAAUUUUAUUUUCUGUUUCAUGCAACUUUUGAUAUGUACUCUAUAUAAGUUACAAUUUUAUCGUAAUAGGUACAUACUAAAAUAUUAUCGUAAUAGGUACAUAUUAAUAUAUUAUCAUUGACGUAAAUUAUUUUUUCAAAAAAGUGCAAAACCCGUUGGGUCAACCCGAACCCGACAACUUAGGGUCUUAAACGAGGUAGUCUAAACCCGAAACCGUAAUUUUUUAAACCCGUUCAACCCGAACCCGAAAAUA